GGACGAGGGUUCUCAGAAAAUAUUGAAUCCCCCAAGGGGAGUUCUCAAAAUAUUGACCCCCUCCAAUGUUUCUCAUUCAAAAAGAAAUAAACCAAGGCAUUUCAAUCCAGAACUAAAAUCAACAAUUUGUACACUUUCUUAUAUCUUUGUUCAAGUUUUGAGGUUAGAGAAAAUCUAACUGGCACCGAAUAUGUCUUUCCCAUAAAGUAUAAUGUCGACUUAUCGUCUUUCACUCCACCUUCCCGCCAUUCUUACAUUUACAAUUGAAAACUCAUCUCCAAUUAAUUAGCUAAUUCUUUAGCAAAACAUUUUAUUAGAUAUGAAAGGUCGGGUCCUGUCAAUCUUGUAACCAUAAUCAAAUUUAUCAAGGAUGACAAAGUUUCAUUUUAAGGGCGGACGUUUUCCAAAAUGCCGGCACCUGUCCUUGGAUCGUCAAACUUCAAUGAACACAUGAAGCGCUCACGAAUAUUUUGAAACAAACUGCCCACCCAGUUAUCAUUCUUCGACCGCAAGUUCUUUUCCCAUCAAAUAUAAAAGAUAAUCCUAUAAUCCCCCCCGUUCGGUGCCCAAACCUUUUUCUGAAUGGUCUUAGUUGGAUAAUUGUCAGGGGUCAACUUUUUUGAUGGAUAAAUAACUACUAAACUGUGAUGCACAUCAUCCAAGUUAGUUGUAAAGCGUAAGCCAGUAUCCAGGUCAGCUAGGCGAAAAAAAGAACAGGCAAUCGCAUACUGAUAUAACAGUUAACUAUUUUGACAUAUCAGCAUAGUCAUGAACACAUAUUUUGAUCAAAAAUCUUUUGGAAGCGAAAGCAUAAAUUCUAAAGACUUUCAGAAGAAUGAAAUCAAGAUAGAAGAGGCAAGCCCGUCACCCGAUGAGAAUAACAGCAACCAAGAAAACAUCAAAGGGUCUUCUGAUGGCGACAAAGAUUCCAGCGCAAAGCCACCGUUUUCCUAUGUUGCUCUGAUAGCAAUGGCAAUCAAGGAUUCAAAAGCAAAAAGAUUGACUUUGAGUGAAAUUUAUCAAUACAUUAUAAACAAAUUUCCGUUUUACGAGAAGAACAAGAAAGGAUGGCAGAAUUCAAUCAGACACAAUCUCUCGCUGAACGAGUGCUUUUUGAAGAUUCCAAGAGAAGGCGGUGGGGAAAGAAAGGGCAAUUACUGGGCUCUCGAUCCAGCAUGUGAGUAUAUGUUUGAAGACGGUAAUUAUCGCAGAAGACGUCGUAUGAAGCGACCGUACAGAACGGCAUCUCAUUAUCCGUUCCAAAAUGGUUACUAUUAUUCCGAUCCACGGUAUCUCAACUACAUGAAUCAUUUCAAUGGCUGGUCAAUGCCAGAUCAGUACUCCCCUUCAACUGAAAAUGCUGCAUUCAGUGGUGGCCAAGCAUUAACACUCCCACUCAGUUCUUGUACACCGACCUCAAGUGCACAAAGUCAAGAUUUCUCAAGUUAUCAGACAACUUCGUAUGUACAUGGCUCUCCUGGUGAAGAGCAACAGAACUCUCCGCCUUAUAAUUCUUCAUACUAUCAUCAACAGCAAAGCAGCUCUGGCCAAUAUCACCAAUACAGUAUUACAUCAUAUCCAUACUGCAAGAGUACUCAACAAGAUGGGUCUCUUUGGAACAAUAUAGAAAAUAAUCGGUUAUAUGAAGCAGGUUUUACUGCUGUCAUGUAAGUGUAAAUAAAGUUAAAUCAAUUUCAUUAACCUGUACCUAAUAUUUAAGUGCAAUUUGUUUUGUAUAAAACAGACAUUAUUAUAAAUCCAGCUCCUAAUAUGACAAAGAAUCAGCCACAGUCCUUAAAAACUGAGCAAAAUUCAUUGUUUGGGUUGGUAUGGAAGUAAUUUCUAGCAAUUUGGUCACAUUUCUGAUUCGAUGGCUCUAUAUAUAGUAGAAAAUUCUCUUUGUAACUGCUUCUGUUGUAUCCUAUAUAAUUUUAAUUUUUUGUCCAGUUCACUUUAAAGACAUUGCAAGAUAUCUCGUUAUUAUGUGUUUUGGGCUAUUUUCCUACCAAAAGAGUAGCUCUUUGGUACCCAAGAAACACAUAACAAAACUUCAAGUGCCUUAAUCAACAAUAGAAUGAAUGCAUUGAGUAUUAAUUCUAAUCUUAUUUUUUUAAAAUGAGUGUAGUAAAUAAACAUAUCCGAAUUUAUAUUUCUGAAAGUAUAAAAUGCUAUUUGUCAUAAUGUUUUGUUUAUUGUUCCUUUUGAAAAUUAAUUGUUUGUAGAAUAAAAAUUAAGUAUCCUUUUUGAACUAUACUGUAUAUACAUCAUUUGUUAACAUAUGAAAACUUAUGCAAAACGUUUUUUCGAAUGAAUACAGAUUUAUCUAUGUAUUCUUUGUAGGAAUUUGUUACUUAAAUUUAUCUAUUGUAAUUUUUCCUCAGCUUCUUUUUUGGCUUGCAGAAUUAUCAUGUCAGCAGAGAACCGAUCAAGUCCAUAUGCUUUUCAAUUUCUCAAUUUGUUUAAAUUAAACAGCUUAAAAAGGACUGCUUUAUUUAUAGUUAAUUUCAUUUGAAUGAAUUCCCUUGUAAAACUUACUCGCCACUUACUGAAUUGUAUAAAUAUAGAAUACUAUCAGAUUUUUGGAGUUUUCCUUUCUAUAAGCAGAUUUCUGAUAUGUUAGCAUCUUGUGGAGAAAUAUUUAAAAAUUCUUUGAUGGAAAGUGUCCUUGAAAGUGUUGUUUUUUUCUAAGAUUAAUUUCACUGGCAGGGAGAGAACAUUUUGUGUUCUUUUUAAAACUUAAACCGCAACAAAGACAAAUUCAAAAAAGGAAAAUACAAUAAAAUUGAAUCGUAAAUUUCAACAACCAUUGUUUAAAGAUUUGUUUUCUUUGAUUUCUUUGUUGAAAAAAUUGAUUAGACAGGUAAUUGUAUUUGGAUUCCUAAAUUCAUUCAUUCAUUCUAUUUGACUGACGAAGAAUUAGUUUUUGGUAUAUAUCUGUUUUCACGGAUAGGCACUGAAUGGGUUUGACAAUUUUCUUUAAAUUUUACCGAUACAGUACAAUACAAAGCAAAUUAUAUUUAUUGCUAAAGGAAAUUAUCAAUGUAUUCUCAUAUGAAGCAUCUAACUUGAGGCUAUCCAAAGUGAUUUUUGGGGUAAUUUCUUUAAGUCGAGAAUCGGGAAUCGAAAAAUUUUUGUGAGCGGAAUGCGGGAAUCGAUAACAAAGGGAUUCGGGAAUUAAAGGUCGGAAAUCAGUAAUCGGGCUCAAAACGUAGCGUGAAUUAGGGAAUCGGGAGAUUUAUUGGGAACACUCUAACUAAGUCAAUGGAAAAGAGCAGAUUAAAACAAAUCUGAUUCCUAUAACUGGGUUGCUUUUUAACCGCAGUUCAUUACUUUAAAUGCAAAAAUUUAGGUGCAACAGUGAGUGAAAAACAAAUGAACUAUUUGUGAUAAGCAGAAAUGUUUGCCGCUAAUACGUUCAAUUAAUGAAAUUAAUUGAAAUUAAGACAUGCAAUGAUAAGUUAACAAACAUUAAACAGGAAAUAAAUAACAUAUAGGAAAUAUAAAUGUAAUGGUCGUUAAA